UUGUGUGCAUAUUGUAGAACGGUGCGAGUCUUGAGCGGCGGCAGCGGUUCCUUCUUCGCCGGGCUAGCAGCAGCAGUAGCGGCGCGGCCAUGGCUUCGAACGGGGAGGUCAAGGACAUCCACAACAGCGAAAGCACCAAGACGCUCCUCAAGAGUGACGCCCUCUACGAGUACAUGCUGAAGACGAUGGUGUACCCACGGGAGAACGAGUUCCUGCGGGAGCUCCGCCUCAUAACCAAGGAGCACACCUAUGGGUUUAUGUCGUCGCCGCCGGACGAGGGGCAGCUGUUGUCGCUGUUGCUCAAGGUGAUGGGCGCCAAGAAGACCAUCGAGGUCGGCGUCUUCACCGGCUGCUCCGUCCUCGCCACGGCGCUCGCCAUCCCGGACGACGGCAGGGUGGUCGCGAUCGACGUCAGCAAGGAGUACUUCGACCUCGGCCUCCCGGUCAUCAAAAAGGCCGGCGUCGCGCACAAGGUGGACUUCCGCGAGGGCCCCGCCGGCCCGAUCCUCGACGGGCUCAUCGCCGACGAAGAACACGAGGCGAGCUUUGACUUCGCCUUCGUGGACGCCGACAAGCCCAACUACGGCAAGUACCACGAGCAGCUGCUGCGACUGGUGCGCGUCGGCGGCGUGCUCGCCUACGACAACACGCUCUGGGGCGGCUCAGUGGCCAUGCCCGACGACACGCCGUUCACGUUGGAGGACGGCCACAUACGGGACGCCAUUAGGGAGUUCAAUGCUAAGAUCGCCGCCGACGCGCGCGUCGAGCCCGUGCAGCUCCCCAUCGCCGACGGCAUCACGCUUUGCCGCCGCAUCGCAUGA